AUGCCUGUUGUUUCCAUCUGCGCUUACCUGAGCGGCCUUGAAUUGGUUAUACCGAUUGGAACUGGACAUGAUUGUUUGCAUUAUGCCCAUGAUCUGUACACAAUUCGGCAAAGAGAGGACGAGCCCCUAAAGGAAUACGCCGCACGUUUCAGUCACGAGUACUCAAGGUGUCUCGAAACGGACGACAGGGCAACCUACGGCGCCUUCAAGAUUGGCCUUCGGUCCUCACACUUUCGGUACCUAGUGCACAGUAGCAAUUGGCGCACCUAUGACAAACUAAUGAAGCAAGCGGCAAUCCACGCCAAAGCCGAAUAUUUCAAUUCAAAGUCCGGGCCUUCAGCUCGGCAAGAGGAACCGACGUUAAAGAAUUAUUCGGCGCAGGAGCCACUGUAUCCUCCAAACAAAAGGACUGAUCAGUAUUCAGCAAGCCACAAAAGGAAAGACAACCAUGACGCUUGGCAGGGGCACUUAAAAAAAGAAAAGGGAAAGUACAGUCGUAAUGACCACCGAGCGCUGUUAUCGAAUCAUGACCGUAGUCAGGAAGUUUUCACCUUGCUGAAUACUACCUAUGAAGCCGUUCUAAUGAACGAACAAGAGAUAAUACCCAAACCGGUCAACCGAAAGCCCAAUCAGCAGGACAAUUGGGAUACCGGCAAAUUUUGCCGAUAUCACCAGCACAACAGUCAUAACACUGAGGAGUGCAUAAGCCUGAGGAAAAUCGUCGAAAGUUUGAUUCGGAAGGGAAAGUUGGAUCAGUACAUUGCCAGACCACCGCAGGCACCGGUCCCGAACGUGAAUCGAUAG